AUGGAGUCGGAACCAAAUCAUUGUGAAAUUUUGUGCCUAAAAAAUGAGACUGAUGGAAAUGACGAGGAAAAUGAAGAAAAAGUUGAUCUGACUGGAGAUUAUGGAAAUGCAGCACUUUUAGUUCUCCUUUAUAUGUUUCAAGGUCUUUUACUAGGACUUUGUACAGCAGUUCCGAUUCUUCUGCAAAAUAGAGGUGCUUCAUACAAAGAGCAAGCACUAUUCACAUUGGUUUACUAUCCAUUUUCAUUGAAAGUAAUUUGGGCACCUAUUAUUGAUGCAUGCUAUAUAAACAAAUUUGGUAGACGAAAAACUUGGAUUAUUCCAUCUCAAAUUCUCAUCGGAGUAUCUAUGAUUAUUUCAUCUCAGUAUAUAGACGUGUGGAUGGGUGAUGAGGCAAAAAAUUCUCCCAACAUUAUUGCACUUACUGCUGUAUUUUUUGCAAUGCGAUUCUGUGCUUCAGUUCAAGAUUGUGCAGCAGAUGGUUGGGCUUUAUGCUUGUUAAAGAAAAGAAAUAUUGGACAUGUUGCUACAUGUGAGAUGGUUGGAAUUUCUGCAGGCUGGCUUAUUGGAUACGUUAUCCUUUUGGUAUUUGAAUCCAAAGAGUUUUGCAACAGUUAUUUAUAUUCAGUACCUAAAGAUGAAGGUCUACUUUCUCUUGGAGGAUUUUUGAAGUUUUGGGGAAUAACUUUUCUAAUGAUAACAGCCUUAAUUGCAAUUUUCAAGAAGGAAAACUCAGAAAUGGCUGAGAAGCUUGAAGAACAUCCUGAUUAUGGAAUCAGAAAGGCAUAUCCAACAUUAUGGAAAGUUUUAAAUCUUAAGCCUGUAAUAAAAUUUUCACUUUUCUUGCUAACAAUUAAAGUUAGCUUUGCAGCAUGUGAUGCUGUUUCAUCAUUGAAACUUUUAGAGUAUGGAAUACCGAAGGACAAAAUUGCAUUAAUGGCAAUGCCUUUACUUCCAAUUCAAAUCCUACUUCCAGUUUUUAUAAGCCGUUUUGUCACUGGAAAAUAUCCACUAGACUUUUAUAUUAAGGCAUUUAGAUUUCGACUUUUUAUGUCUGUGAUAAUGGUUCUGUACAUAUACUUAACUCCAUGGAUGAUUAGUGGACCUGAAAUUUCAUUCUUUUACUAUGCUGGAAUAUUUGUUGUCUAUCUAUUGUAUCAUAUACCAUUUCGUGCAAUGAGCAUAUCAGACACUGCAUUUUUUGCCAGAGUAAGCGAUCCUCUUAUCGGCGGAACUUACAUGACACUUCUCAAUACAAUCAGUAAUAUGGGUGGGAAAUGGUCUCAAACUUUCUUUUUAUGGCUUGUUGACAUCAUUUCUUGGAAAGAAUGUAUACAUGAUGAGUUCUCAAAUUCAACAUUGUUAUUAUCCACGAAUAAAUGUAACACUAAGGAUGAGAAGGAGAUUUGUGUAAAAAAUGGAGGGAAGUGCUACACUGAAAUUGAUGGAUAUUACAUAGAAGCUAUAUUUUGUCUUAUUUAUGGACUAAUAUUUUAUAAAUUAAACAAAAAGACAGUUGAGUAUCUAGGAAGGCUACCCACAGACGAUUGGCACAUUCUUUCAAAAGACUAUGAAAAUGUUAAGAUUAAAAAGGACGAAAAUCUACUCAGUUCAUAA